AGCCCGACCUCCGCAGGCCUCGGGGCGCGACGCCGUCCUGCCAGCGAGCGAGCGAGCGCCCGCCGGGCCAUGAAGACCCGCGCCCGCCCCCGGGGGCCGCGCGCCGAGGCUGCCGCCGCUCGGCUGCUCCUGCUCGCCUGGGCCCUCCUGCAGGUGGCCGGGGCCUCAGGCACUGCAGAUGUAGUCGUAGCAUAUAAUUUAACUUGGAAAUCAACUAAUUUCAAGACAAUUUUGGAGUGGGAACCCAAACCCAUCAAUCAUGUCUACACUGUUCAGAUAAGCCCUAGACUAGGAAAUUGGAAAAGCAAAUGCUUCUACACCACAGACACGGAGUGUGACCUCACCGAUGAAAUUGUGAAUGACGUGCAUCAGACAUACCAGGCACGGGUCUUUUCCUACCCAGCUGAUGCCACUGACUACUCUGGGGAGCCUCCAUUUACAAACUCCCCAGAGUUCAUACCUUACAUAGAGACAAAGCUCGGACAGCCAACAAUUCAGAGUUUCAAACAAGUUGGCACAGAACUGAAUGUGAUCGUACAAGAUGCACGCACUUUGGUCAAGGUGAACGGCACAUUUCUAAGCCUCCGGGAUGUUUUCGGCAAGGACUUAAGUUACACACUUUAUUACUGGAAAGCUUCAAGUACAGGAAAGAAAACAGCCAAGACAAACACUAAUGAGUUUUUGAUUGAUGUGGAUGAAGGACAAAACUACUGUUUCAGUGUUCAAGCAGGGAUUCCAUCACGGAAAGCUAACCAAAAGAGUCCAGAAAGUCCCAUUGAGUGCACCAGCCACGAGAAAGGUAUGUUCAGAGAAAUGUUCCUCGUCAUUGGAAUUGUGGUGCUCGUGGUCAUCAUCUUCACCAUCAUCCUGUCUGUGUCUCUGUACAAGUGCAGGAAGGUGCGAGCAAGGCAAAGCGGGAAGGAGAGCACCCCACUCAAUGCUGCAUAAAGAAGGUGCCCUUGGAGCUGCCAACUGCGACAAAGUUUAUGUUGCACUGUGACCAAGAACUUUUUAGAGAAUAGAAUAUAUAGAAACACAAAUGAGUAUUUUGGAGCCCGGAGACAGCUUGGGCUCACAGAAAGCUCUUUAUGGGACCUGUUCUCAUGAUUAGCAUUCUGGUUUCGGCAGCAGCAUUAGACACUUUGGAAUGUAAUGAACGUACAACCCAGUCCAAGUUUUUAAAAUUUCUAUUUUAACACUAUGGUACUUUUUGCACAUACCAUGUUUUAGAAUGUAUAUUCUGCACCCCAAAUGAAACCAGGUUGUCUAAUCAAAAACAAAUGAACAAAAGGUUUAAGAAAUCCUGGGUAGGUGUUUGGAAAACUUUUGAGGUGACUUCAAAUCAUGUGGGAGAGUAAAAUGGAAAUUGGGUGGACUCUUCUAACAUAUAACAUUGUUUUGUGAUAUAUGGUAUUUAGGCUUCUUCUUUUUUGAGUUCUUUUGGAGGUUCAAAACAAUUGGCAAACUUUGAAUGUGUUCAAUGCAGAAGACUUCUGUUUUGAGGCACAUUUCCUAAAGUGCCUUACAGUUUAGCACUUUAACUGACUCAGAUGCUGUGGAUUAAGCACUUGACAGCUAACUCUAUUUUUAUAAGACUACUAUACACACACCAUAUAGAGGUGAUGAUUUACGGUACUACAAGCUUUUAUGGUCCAUAUUGUAUAUAUUUAUAUAAUUUUAUAAAAGGUUUUAUACGUGGGGAUUUUCUAUUUAUAGAAGUAAUAUUGUUCUGUUUGUAUAUAUUGAGAUAAUUUAUUUAAUAUACUUUUAUAUAUAAAUAAAGGUGACUGGGAAUUGU